AUGGCAGCGCCCACAAUUACUGGAGAGGUUUAUUGUGUAGUUAGUAAUAUCCCUUCGUGUUUUCAUUCUGCCGAUCUCCGUAAUUAUUUUAGUCAAUUUACUGAGAACGGUGGUUUUGUAUGUUUUCAUUACCGACAUCGGCCAGAAGUUCUGCGUCCUGUUGGGGCAGACAAGCCUGAAUGCAAGCAGGUUACAAAUCAGCAGGGAACUACUCAAGGGAGGAAACCUGAGGAGGGUAAUCACACGUUUGGCAAGCAUACUUGCUGUUGUGUGGUGGCUGUUAGGUCAGAAAAGGUAGAUCAGCUGAUGAAAAUAUAUCAUGGAAGUCGGUGGGUGGACCCUGAUGGUGUUUGGCUCCCUACACGCUGUGUCAUCCGUAAGAUUAAAGUGUCUUCUCAAAAAGAUUCAGAUGUCUUCCCCUACAAAACAAAAAAGGAACUUCGAAGUAGGAAGACACAAGAUGACAUUUUCACUCAGGUUGAUCUAAAGAGGCUACCAGAAUUGAACCCUCCAUUGCUAAUGCCUAAUGGGAAUGUUGGAACUCCUUCAAAUGUAUUUCUUGAGCUAAUUCAGUCCUGUAGGUUGCCUCCUAGGUUUAUCAAAAAACUGGGUCUCAAGUUCCCAAAGACAGGCUCAAGUCGGAGAUAUGGCAAUGUGCCUUUCAAAUAUCCAAAUGCAGAAACUGUGGAACAAGAGGAGAGUGUUUUUACUGCAACAGGGGAGGAAAUUUCAGGAAGGGAAAGACUGAAACUACAAGAGGUGAAAGAAGCUUGCAAGUCAAAUGAUGAAGAGUACUUGGAUGAAGCAGCAGAGGAGGAGGAGGAGGAUUUGAGCCACUCUGAUGAAGAUAAUGACACCUGUGAGGAAUGGGAAAGGCAUGAGGCUUUGCACGAUGAUGUGACAAAUCAGGAAAGGACAGAAGAGCGCCUUUAUGAAGAGGAGAUAGAGCUGAAAUGGGAGAAGGGUGGACCUGGCCUGGUGUUCUACACUGAUGCUCAGUACUGGAAGGAAGAAGGAGGAGAUUUUGAUGAGCAGACAGCUGAUGACUGGGAUGUGGACAUGAGUGUCUACUAUGAUGAAGUAGAUGGUGGUGAUAAAGAUGCAAGAGACUAUGUUCAGAUGAGACUGGAGCAGAGGCGUCGUGAGGGGCUAGAUGAUGGAUCAAUGUGUUGCCAGCAGAUAGGAAAAUUUGAACGGCACACAAAGGGCAUAGGGAGGAAAGUGAUGGAACAACAAGGGUGGAAAGAAGGCCUUGGCCUGGGGAGUAGUAGUUCUGGAAUGGCUGAUGCACUUGAUGUGGAUGGGCAAAAUCCCAGGUGUAAAAGAGGAUUGGGGUACCAUGGAGAGAAGCUUCAGACAUUUGUAACAGCAAAGAAACCUCGCAGAGACAUUGUAAUAUCAACAAUUUAUGAUCAGCCAGAAGAAAUUGACAAAGAGGACCAGUUGCUUAGACGACAGCCACCCACCAGCAUGAAAUACAGAAAGGAAGUAGCAUUUGUCCAUGCGCCAAAAAACAAGGCAUUAAAACAGUCCACAGAGGCACAGCAGAGUGCAGAACACACACAUCUUCUGUAGUGUAUUGGCAUGCCACUGGUUUUAAAAACUACUUGAGACUUUUGCAGAGCAUUUCAUUUCAUAUUAAUUUUGAGGCAAUUAUUUGUGGUUCACAAAUAAAAUGAGGGUAUUUAACUGUAAAAAUGCAGGUUAAAACCUCAGAGUACUCUUGACCAAACAUAACUUCAGCUGUUUCAAAAAGCAUAAAUUUAUGUAAGGUUAGUGUGGUAUUAACACAUGUAAAAGGGGAAAUGGUAAUGUGCAGUGACGUUUGUUUCAUUUUAAGUGUAAUGCUUCUAGAAUCAGAUAUCACUGCAGUACUUUAUUAUAGCAAUAACCCACACCUGGGUGUGGGUAAUGCUGGA